CAUAAAAUGAACGCCUUGUGCUGGGAUCCUGCAGUCAUCAUGUAUCAGCAGAGCUCAGGGUUUGACCUCAAUGCCAGCUGUGACUGGCUGACCCCUCACUGUAACUGGACAUCAGUGGACAGAGCGCUGCAGCUGCCUACCUUUUCUACAGCGGCCAAAGUCAGAGUGAUCAUUACCUUCAUCCUGUGUGGCAUUGCCACUUUCUGCAAUUUGGCUGUGCUGUGGGCAGUCAAUGGCCACAAGCGCCAAUCCCACGUCCGCGUGCUGAUAAUCAACCUGACUGCUGCCGAUCUCUUGGUUACUUUCAUUGUGAUGCCUGUGGACGCAGUGUGGAACAUCACAGUUCAGUGGCUGGCCGGUGACCUGGCCUGCAGAUUUCUGAUGUUCCUCAAGCUGCAGGCCAUGUACUCCUGUGCCUUUGUCACAGUGGUGAUUAGUCUGGACAGACAGUCGGCUAUCCUCAACCCUCUGGCCAUCUGCAUGGCCCGCAGAAGAAACAGGGUCAUGCUGAUGGUGGCUUGGACUAUGAGCGCCUUGUUCUCCAUCCCUCAGAUGUUCAUUUUCCAUAAUGUGACCAUCACAUAUCCAGCCAACUUUACUCAAUGCACAACUAGGGGGAGCUUUGUCACUCACUGGCAGGAAACAGCCUACAACAUGUUCACCUUCUCCUGCCUCUUCCUGCUGCCGCUGGUCAUAAUGAUUGUCUGCUACACCAGGAUCUUCAUCCAGAUCUCCAAACGGAUGACGAAAAAGAACUCGUCCUCAAACGAGCCACAUCUCCGUUGCUCAAAGAACAACAUCCCCAAAGCUAGAAUGAGAACUCUGAAAAUGAGCAUCGUCAUAGUGAUCUGCUUCAUCGUCUGCUGGACUCCAUACUACCUGUUGGGUUUGUGGUACUGGUUCUUCCCAGAAGACCUGGAGGGGAAAGUCUCCCACUCCCUCACCCACAUCCUCUUCAUCUGUGGGCUUUUCAACGCCUGCCUGGACCCAAUCAUCUAUGGCCUGUUUACCAUGCGCUUCCACAGGGGGCUAAGGAGCUGCUACCGCAACGCAACAGUGAUGUCAGACCUGGAGACAAAUAAAAUGAAGUGUACUGCCACUGCUUUGCCCUAUGAAAGGAGGAUGGCUACUGGUGAAAAAGACAGCAACUGUGGACAGGCUGAGUCAAAAUCUCCUCUGAAGGGAGAUAUCCUUGUCAUUUCAGCGCUGAGUGUACAACAUGAUCAGAAAACAGAGCAGAACCAGGAUCUUGACACUGCUAAUAUAACUGGUUAA